AUGACCAAUAGUAAUUAUACCACAGUAACUGAAUUCAUUCUUGUAGGUUUUACUGACUACCCAGAGUGGGAAAUUCCUCUCUUCCUAAUGUUUCUGAGUUUCUAUCUUGUAACCAUCCUGGGGAAUUUGGGUAUGGUCAUUCUUAUUCUGGUAGACAUCCAACUUCACACCCCAAUGUAUUUCUUCCUGUGCCAUCUCUCUGUAAUGGAUGCUUGCUACACCUCGGUUAUCACCCCUCAAAUUCUGGCCACACUGGCCACAGGCAAAACCGUAAUUACCUAUCAUCACUGUGCUGCUCAGUUCUUCUUCUUCACCUUCUGUGCAAGCACAGAGUGUUUCCUCUUGGCAGUGAUGGCCUAUGACCGUUAUGUUGCCAUUAGCAAUCCUCUGCUCUACACCGUGGCCAUGAGUCCGAGAAAAUGCUGGAGUUUGGUAGUGGGAGCCUAUGUGUGUGGAUUGUCUGGGUCCAUUCAGAGGACCACAUGCACCUUCUCCCUCUCAUUCUGUAAAGACAAUAGGAUAAAUUUCUUCUUUUGUGACCUCCCACCUCUACUGAAGCUCUCCUGCAGUGAUACAACAAAUGCUGAGAUUAUCAUUGUGUUAUUUGGGAACUUUGUCAUCUUGGUCAAUGCCUUCAUCAUACUCAUUUCCUACCUGCUCAUCAUCAAGACUGUCAUCAGGAUGAAGUCUUCAGGUGGCAGAGGUAAAACAUUCUCCACAUGUGUCUCACACCUCACUGCUGUGGUUCUUCUCUUUGGGACCCUCACCUUCAUGUAUAUAAGAAGUGGCUUAGAAAAAUCCCUAGAGGAAGACAAAGUUGUAUCAGUCUUCUACACCGUGGUCAUCCCCAUGCUUAACCCACUGAUCUACAGUUUGAGAAAUAAAGACGUUAAGAUUGCCUUCAGAAGGGUCACUAAUAGACUACAGAUGUCCUAG